AUGACAGAUCAUGGAGCACGAUUUUCAGCAGCUCGUCGUACACCACAGGGCACAGUAGAAGAACGUUUACCAUUUAUGAGCUUCAUUUUACCCUCAAUCUUUCGGCAAAAGUAUCCACGCGCAGUCAAUGCACUUCGAACGAAUAUUAAUCGUUUGACGACCCCACUUGAUGUUUAUGCUACACUUCUGUCUCUACUUGAUAUGAACAAAGAGAGCAGUACAAAUAAUGCCAAUAUUAAACAACGAGCUAUCUCUCUGUUUAAUGUUAUACCAGCACAACGAACAUGUGAUCAUAUUAAACUGCCACCACACUGGUGUUCAUGUCUGCAAUGGCAACAAGUUAAUGCGAAUGAUAUCAAAAUUAAACAGGCAGCCGAAUACAUUGUCAAUUAUAUCAAUCAACUUCUUUCAACUGUAAGCCGAUCGUUAUGUCAUCAUCUUAUACUUGACUCAAUUCAUAGUGCACAAAUGUAUAGACCUAACAAAAAUUUUUCAGCACCACUAGAGCGAGGUGUUCGAGUACUUACCCAUUGGAAUAGAGCGAAUGAUGUUGUUUUCUAUCAAAUUACUUUUGGAACAAAACCGAAUGAAGCUAUAUAUGAGGCAACAAUUCAAUACACAAGUCGAACGGGUAGUUUCAGUACUGAUCAUACUCAUAUUAGUCGUCUCAAUGCUUACAAAUCAUCGGCUAACUGUAUCGUACGAAGCUAUCCACAUCUGCGAAAAUUUUGUUUUUGUAUCAAAUAA